AUGGGGGUCUGUUGCAGUUGUUUAAAGAAUCCGCAAGGUAAUUAUGUCGGGAAUAAUGGUGUGACCAGCACGUCUGCAGAUGAUUCUAGUAUCUUACCUAUUGCAGAUAAUGAAAGAGAGGCCGUUACCAAAUUAUUGAGUUAUUUAGAAGAUAAAGAUAACCUUGAUUUCUAUUCAGGAGGUCCAUUAAAGGCAUUAACGACGUUAGUGUAUUCGGAUAAUCUGAAUUUACAGAGAAGUGCAGCUUUGGCGUUUGCUGAAAUAACGGAAAAAUACGUUAAACAAGUGAAUAGAGAUGUAUUAGAACCUAUUUUGAUACUUUUACAGAAUAAUGAUCCUCAGAUCCAAGUUGCUGCCUGUGCUGCUUUGGGAAAUCUAGCGGUGAAUAAUGAAAAUAAGUUGCUAAUUGUGGAAAUGGGGGGUCUUGAACCUCUUAUCAGUCAAAUGAUGGGUGAUAACGUCGAGGUACAGUGUAAUGCUGUCGGUUGUAUUACUAAUCUGGCCACUAGAGACGAUAAUAAACACAAGAUUGCCACUUCUGGAGCGCUAGUGCCCUUAACAAAAUUGGCUAAAUCAAAACAUAUUAGAGUUCAAAGAAAUGCAACGGGUGCUCUAUUAAAUAUGACGCAUUCUGGUGAAAAUAGAAGAGAACUGGUAAAUGCCGGUGCUGUUCCAAUACUUGUACAAUUAUUAUCGUCUUCUGAUCCUGAUGUUCAAUAUUAUUGUACUACCGCAUUAUCUAACAUCGCGGUAGAUGAAGAAAAUAGACAAAAACUAUCACAAAAUGAACCAAGAUUGGUGUCUAAGUUGGUCAAUUUGAUGGAUUCAACUUCUUCAAGGGUGAAAUGUCAAGCUACUUUAGCUUUACGAAAUCUAGCAUCGGACACUAGUUAUCAAUUAGAAAUUGUUAGAGCAGGCGGAUUACCACAUUUAGUUAAAUUAAUUCAAAGCGAUUCCAUACCUUUAAUUCUUGCGAGUGUAGCAUGCAUCAGAAACAUUUCAAUUCAUCCAUUAAAUGAAGGUCUCAUAGUGGAUGCAGGUUUCUUAAAACCUUUAGUACAUCUAUUAGAUUAUAAGGACUCCGAAGAAAUUCAAUGUCAUGCUGUUUCCACUUUAAGAAAUCUGGCCGCAUCAUCGGAAAAGAAUCGUAAAGAAUUUUUUGAAAGUGGUGCCAUUGAAAAAUGUAAAGAAUUAGCUCUAAAUUCUCCAAUCAGUGUGCAAAGUGAAAUUUCUGCAUGUUUUGCUAUCUUAGCUUUGGCAGAUGGUUCUAAGUUGGAUCUAUUAAAUUCAGAUAUUCUAACUUCUUUAAUCCCAAUGACAUUUUCAGAAAAUCAAGAAGUUUCAGGUAAUUCUGCUGCUGCUUUAGCUAAUUUAUGCUCAAGAAUCAACACUUAUAAUAAAAUUAUUGAAUGUUGGCAAACACCAAACGGUGGUAUUCGUGGAUUUUUAAUAAGAUUCUUGAAAAGUGAUUACGCAACUUUUGAACAUAUUGCUCUUUGGACAAUUUUACAAUUAUUGGAAAGUCACAAUAAUGAAAUUCUAGGCUUCUUUAAAAAUGAUAAUGAAUUAAUUGAAGAUGUGAAGAAAAUGUCGGAAACUACUUUUGAAAGAUUGCAAAGAUCUGGUAUUGAUGUUAAUAGACAAUCAACUAGCGACGAAAAUAACGAAUCUAGCAACCAUCUUGAUAAUGAUGAAAUGAGUAAUUCAAGAAGUUCUGAGCCUUUUGAGGAUGCAAGUUUAGAACUAUACAACAUUACGCAGCAAAUUUUGGAAUUUUUGAAUUAG